CAGAUCCCCGCCUGCGCGGCCGCUGACUUGAAAUGGCAGAAGGAGCAAAGGUGUUCAAGAAGACCAGCCCCAACGGCAAGCUGUCCAUCUACCUGGGGAGGAGAGACUUCGUGGAUCAUGUGGAGUCGGUGGACUCCGUAGAUGGCGUCUGCCUGAUCGACCCCGAGUACCUAAAGGACAGAAAAGUGUACGUGACGUUGACUUGCGCAUUCCGCUACGGCCGAGAUGACCUUGAUGUUAUCGGGUUGACCUUCAGGAAGGACCUCUAUGUCCUGACCACCCAGAUCUUCCCGCCGGUGCCAGACCAGGCACCCAAAACCCUCACUCCCUUGCAGGAGAAGCUGACAAAGAAGCUUGGGGAGAAUGCCUACCCCUUCACCUUCGAGAUUGCCACCAACCUGCCCUGCUCGGUCACCCUCCAGCCGGGACCAGAUGAUGUGGGAAAGGCCUGCGGCGUGGACUUCGAGGUCAAAGGAUUUUGUGCUGAAAAUCUGGAGGAGAAAAUUCACAAGAGGAACUCGGUGCGUCUCAUCAUCCGCAAGAUCCAGUUUGCACCCCUGCAGUCGGGGCCACCCCCAAAGUCGGAGACCACCCGGCAGUUCAUGAUGUCCGACAAGCCCCUGCACCUGGAAGCCUCCCUGGAUAAGGAGGUCUACUACCACGGAGACCCCAUCAAUGUGACCGUCAACAUCAACAACACUACCAACAAGAUUGUGAAAAAAAUUAAGAUCUCGGUUGAUCAGAUCACAGAUGUGGUCCUCUAUUCGCUGGAUAAAUACACGAAGACUGUGUGCACCGAGGAGAUAAACGAGAACGUGCCGGCCAACUCCACCUUCUCCAAAACGUAUUCCGUCACUCCCAUGCUCUCGGCCAACCGUGAGAAGCGAGGCCUCGCUCUUGACGGCAAGCUCAAGCACGAGGACACCAACCUGGCCUCCACCACCAUCCUGAGACCCGGCAUGGACAAGGAGGUGCUGGGCAUCCUGGUGUCCUACAAAGUGAAGGUCAACCUGAUGGUGUCCAGAGGAGGCAUCCUGGGGGAUCUCACUUCCAGCGACGUGGGCGUUGUCAUCCUGAUGCACCAGAAGCCUGCGGAUG